AUGCCCACCCGCACCGACGACUUUCCGACCAGGACCCAACCCGACACAUCAUCGUUCAAAGCCUCGCUGAAUGUGGCUAUCCAGGAAUAUAAUAGCGAGUACCAUCCUGAUCAGGGCUACACGGCUAACGAUGCCGUUCCUUCCUUUCAAGAGGUUCCACUUGGCACUGGCGAUUGGAUUCGCCAGCACCAAGAACUCGCAGUGCAGCAUUCAUUGAAUGCGCACACCUCGCCCUACCCUGACCUAUCGGAUAACGAUAUAGCUACACAAGGUCCUGACAAGGACCUCUCCGCCAACUAAC